AUGGGCCUCCCAUUCUCUGAUCCGGGUUUCAGCCUCCAAGACGUUACUCUUGUUGGGCUGUACUCUCCAUCCAUCGGGUAUCUGGCCUGGCGCAGGCUGACGGACACAGAGCGCCUUUCUGAAACUUACCGGGCCUACAGCCUUCAGUUGGAGUACUUGCAGGUGGUGCUGGACGACCUUCAGACUUUGGGACUAGGACAGGGUCACAGUCGGCUAACUGAGCAGCUUACCUUCACCCGGACCCAGCUCCAGAGUCUCGUGUCCAACCUGCGCUCCCUGCUGGAGGCCUUGGCUCAGCCGCUGCCCGUCAUCGACAAGCCUCUGGACUCUGAGGCCAAUGGGGCCUCUGACUUCAAGAGGAAGCUACGGGGCUACUUUGUCUGCAGGGAGUAUGCCCACUGGGUCAAGCGGACAUUGAGGGAUUUCACACUUCUCUCGGACAGGUUCCCAGCCUGA